UCAGUUGUAAAGCAACUUUUAGGGUCAUCAAACGCUUUAUAGCGAACCCAUAAUAACUUUGCGCGUCAAAUUUUCUGUACAUAUCAAAACAAAAGUAAAUAAUUUAAGCUAGAACGUUCUACAGUGUUAUUUUUACGGUCUUUUUGCCGUUGGAUUGUCACUUGUCAUUGUGGUACUCACGUCUACAGUGUUGAAACGUGUAAGUUUGUGUUCAGUGGAAUUGUGUUCGGUGUGGUGUUACAAAUAAGUGUGCCAUGGAUAGAUUGUCUUUUACAUGAAAAUGUGGAAGGACAUUUUCUACGUGAAAUCUGUAAGGAAAAAGGGGUGCGGGAAAUAAGAUCUCCUGCACCAUGUCAACCGGAAGCUGCUCCGGUCCAGGGGUGUGUGGAGGAGCGAGACGAAGACCUCCACCACCUCCAGAGCCCACCAUCUCCCUAGCUGCUGACCUGAGUGAACUUAGCUUAGACCAAGGCUACCAUACCUUGGCUGAUUGUGGACCACCUUCACGGAGACGCAGGGAUAACACCUUAACUGACGCUUUGUGGCUGAAAAUACUGUCUUUUCUUGAGGUGUCAGAUCUCUGCCGCAUGUCCCGCGUGUGUCGACGAUGGUCCCGCUUCGUCGCCAGGUUAUCAGCGAGGCCAGAACCCUGGAGAAGGAUAAGAGCAGCUGGCCCUUUAGAAGUAGCUGCUAGAUGUGCUGGAGCAAGGGCUGGACCUUGCGUUAGCGCUGUUCGAGAGUGGCGGUCGAAGACUUGUGCUGUAACAGUGGCUGGGGCUCAGCUGUUAGUAGCAACGUUUAGAAAUCUGACGCACAUAGCUUUAACAGGCUCCAACACUAUGGACGCUAGAGCACUCGCGCCUAUCAUCACGGACUUGGUCGAUUUAAGGCAUAUAGAUCUGACAGGAUGUCCAAAUGUGGAUUGGCCAGAAUGGGCGUGGUUAGAGAGUCGUUUAACUACGAGAAGACCGCCUAUAGAAUACAUAGACCUAACCGACUGCAGCGCAGUUACCGACGCAGGACUAUGCGCCUUGCUUCAUACGUGCCCGUCAUUGCAAUACCUUUACCUCAGAAGAUGCACUCUAGUCACAGAUGCUGGUGUUCGGUGGAUACCUUCAUAUUGCGCACUCAAGGAGUUGAGUGUUUCCGACUGUACAGGAGUUACUGACUUCGGCCUAUAUGAAUUGGCGAAGUUAGGACCUGCGUUACGAUACAUUUCUGUCGCUAAAUGUUCUCAGGUAUCAGAUUCGGGUAUCCGGACGUUAGCAAGGCGGUGCUAUAAGCUUCGAUAUCUCAACGCGAGGGGAUGUGGUGCUCUGGGUGAUGAUGGCGUGGAAGCGAUCGGUAGGGGGUGCUCGAGAUUAAGAGCUCUUGAUUUGGGAGCAACUGAUGUUUCGGAAGCGGGGCUACAGAUACUUGCUCGCUGCUGUCCAAACCUAAAGAAGUUGGCUCUACGAGGCUGUGAACUAAUAGGCGACGAUGGUUUAGAAGCUGUGGCGUACUAUUGCAGAGGUCUCACACAGUUGAACAUACAAGACACACCCGUCACGUUGAGAGGAUAUAGAGCGGUUAAGAAGUAUUGCAAGCGAUGUGUCAUCGAGCAUACGAACCCUGGAUUUUGUUGAAAGGACUUUAGAAAAGUUGGGUUUGUGAAUUUCUUUACCUGAAUGGAGUAAUAAUGAAAGUUGUACAAGGACUGUUAGCGCCCAUAUACGACUUUUAGCGGGGCGGCGAAAGAAGCGAUGAGCGGGGAGGCGAGUGGAAAUCUAAAUGUAUAGGUGGGCAUGUAACUGCUCACAAACAAGAGCGUCGUGAACGGUGGUAUCGACUCGACAUAAUAUAUUUGUAGAUUUUUUCAUGACAGUUUCUGCCGCUCGUCUCAGCUAACGUUUGUAACAAAAUGUUUAUGGACAGGGCGU